CCGGUCGCCCCAGACAGCAAGCAGGAGUGCAGGAGUCGGCUGCACAUUUCCCGAAUUUGACACCACACGCCCAAACAGACAACAUGCGGGAGAUUCUGCACCUGCAGGCCGGCCAGUGCGGCAACCAGAUCGGUUCCAAGUUCUGGGAGGUAAUCUCGGACGAGCACGGCAUCGACCCGAACGGCAACUACGUCGGCUCGUCGGAGCUGCAGCUGGAGCGCAUCAACGUCUACUACAACGAGGCCAGCUCCGGCAACUACGUGCCCAGAUGCAUUCUGGUCGACUUGGAGCCGGGCACCAUGGACUCGGUGCGGUCCGGCCCAUUCGGCAAGCUCUUCCGACCCGACAACUUCGUCUUCGGCCAGUCGGGAGCCGGCAACAACUGGGCCAAGGGCCACUACACAGAGGGCGCCGAGCUGGUCGACAGCGUCCUUGAUGUCGUCCGCAAGGAGGCGGAGGGCUGCGACUGCCUGCAGGGCUUCCAGCUGACACACUCCCUGGGAGGUGGCACCGGCUCAGGCAUGGGCACCCUCCUCAUCUCCAAAAUCCGGGAAGAGUACCCCGACCGGAUCAUGAACACAUACUCUGUCAUGCCCUCCCCCAAGGUGUCCGACACCGUCGUCGAGCCCUACAACGCCACCCUCUCCGUACACCAGUUGGUGGAGAACACAGAUGAGUCGUUCUGCAUCGACAACGAGGCGUUGUAUGACAUUUGUUUCCGUACCCUCAAGCUGGGUAACCCCACCUACGGUGAUCUCAACCAUCUCGUCUCCCUCACCAUGUCCGGUGUCACCACCUGCCUCAGGUUCCCCGGCCAGCUGAACGCUGACCUUCGGAAACUUGCCGUCAACAUGGUGCCCUUCCCUCGUCUGCAUUUCUUCAUGCCCGGCUUCGCCCCACUGACGGCGCGCGGCGCCCAGCAGUACCGGGCACUCACCGUGCCCGAGCUCACCCAGCAGAUGUUCGACGCCAAGAACAUGAUGGCCGCGUGCGACCCGCGCCACGGACGCUACCUCACGGUGGCGGCCAUCUUCAGAGGACGCAUGUCCAUGAAGGAGGUUGACGAACAGAUGCUUAAUGUUCAGAACAAGAACAGCAGUUACUUCGUGGAAUGGAUCCCGAACAACGUCAAGACUGCUGUGUGUGACAUCCCACCCCGUGGUUUGAAGAUGUCUGCCACCUUCAUCGGUAACAGCACCGCCAUCCAGGAGCUGUUCAAGCGCAUCUCGGAGCAGUUCACGGCCAUGUUCCGGCGCAAGGCUUUCCUCCACUGGUACACCGGAGAGGGCAUGGACGAGAUGGAAUUCACCGAGGCGGAGAGCAACAUGAACGACCUGGUGUCCGAGUACCAGCAGUACCAGGAGGCCACCGCCGACGAGGAGGGCGAGUUUGACGAGGAGUACGACGACGAGCAGGCCGAGGUCGCGUAAACGGCCGCCCGCAACAUCACUGGGGUCCAAAGGUCAUUCCGCACCGGCGGGUCGGCAAGCCGACCGCCUCCGUGCGACACUCCUGCAUUGCUGUCUCGCAGCGACCCGGCCCCUCCCCCCUCCAUUUCUGGUACCGCUCCCGCUGUCGUCGCGUCAGUUGUAUAACACCCUCCAACCAUUCCAGAAAUGUCCACAUCUUUCAGCCUGCGAGGCGCAAGUGCUCUUGAUGCUAAGCUCGUGAACCAGCUGCAUGCGAGCUGAACUAGUGCCGUUUGCACAUGUGAAAUGCUUUACCGCUUGUUACAAACGUUGUGAUCAGCCAAUUUUAUAUAUUUUUACUUUGGAGUCGAUUGUAAGGAAUCAAAAGGUCUGAGUCUGGAAGGAACUGUUUUCGAGUGAUCCAUGCUGUCUGGAGAACAUGAUACUUUUGAAGACAGCGUGAAAUAAAGAAAGUCUUAACGAU